AUGGCGCCGACAGUUAAGACGGCGGCCGUUAAAACAAACGGCGGCGACGGCGGUCUCAAACAAACCCGUUUCAGAGGAGUGAGGAAGAGGCCAUGGGGUCGUUACGCCGCCGAGAUCAGAGAUCCAUCGAAGAAGGCUCGAGUCUGGCUCGGCACUUUCGACACUCCCGAAGAGGCGGCUCGUGCCUACGACAAAGCUGCUAUCGAGUUUCGUGGCGCAAAGGCCAAGACCAAUUUUCCUCCUCCUUCCUUCGACAGCGACAGCCCGAGCCCGAGCAGCACCGUCGAGUCCUCGAUGGUCCCCGAUCUCAAUCUCGAGUCCAUCAAUUCAAGGUUCCCUUUCCCGAAGAUUCUGGUCAGGUCGGGGAUGAUCAUGCUCGACGACGAAUCCGUCAAGAGUGAAUCAGAAUCGUCGUCGGUCGUGAUGGAUCUUAACCAUGAGAGACGUGGACGCGUUUUCUUGGAUUUGGAUCUCAAUUUCCCUCCAAAGCCUGAGAAGUAA